AUGCCGUCAAUACCCAUACAAAUCGCCCCUUCCCCGCCAACACCAGCUCCCACCGAAAACCCUCUCCCCCAUAUCCUCCACACACCCUCCGGCCUAGCCCUCCUCGAAAUCCAAGGCACAGUCCACUUCCCAGCACCUACAGACUCCUCCCAGCCGUCCACUCAAAUCGGCAAACUCGUGUUUCCCCACUACAACCCAGACAUCAAUGACCCGAGUGACACCAAAUGGAUGAAGCGCGUGUACAUGUACAUUGGCAAGGGCCAACGUAUGACGGGCGAAUGUAAAAAGUUGGCGAAUCCGAUUGCUGUGUUGCGUAAGAAGGUCAGCGAGGAUGGUGAAGAAGAUGUGGAUAUGGGGGGUAUGGCGGGUGAGGGUGAAGGGGUGAAAGAGGAGGAGCUGGAGAUUGUGGAGGUGGUGAGAUAUAAGGUUGUUUUUUCUGCGAGGCCAGAGCCGAUUACUGGGGUUACUGAGGUGUCAUGA